UAGCCCACCCCUCACAGUGUGGCAGGAGGUUCUAGCCCACCCCUCACAGUGUGGCAGGAAGGUUCUAGACUGCCCCUCACAGUGUGAAUUAAAUACAGGGCUAAGUCAAUUUCUUGGCCAAAGUCCAAAUCCUCUCAUCAAUCCACGGAAUUGGCUUGGUACACAGCAGCAAGCUCCACAGAGAUCUAUCUCAUACCGCUCAACUGUCAAGACAGCGGGGUGGGCGCUAUCUCCUCCUCCACUGCCGAAGACAGCUUAAAUACUGCCGUUGGCAUGUCCACGGUAACAGCUCCUUUGUGCAUCUGUACGAUCCGACUUGGCAAUUACUGCCUCUUCGCUGGUCUGGAGGCAUUUCACUUGUUUAUGGCUUAUACUUGAUUUGCUUUGCUUUUCUGUGCAUAGCACUGAACGGAGACAUUUCCAAGAGGAAAGCCUGCGACUCUUUAGCCCAAUCAGGACCACACCCCAGAUGUUAAUAUGGGCCUAACAUCUCCCGGCCUGCCUUGUAAAAAGAGAUCAGACAGUUCUUCCCUGGAAGCGGCCUCUGUGACAUCUAAAAGCUGGGAGAGCUACAGCGCCUGAAUGCGUAGCUCGAGGCACCAGAGCCAAGACUCUAGAUUCCAGGAGAAGGGGCCAGCGGCCAGACAGUUCCACGGGAAAGCUUCACAGGGAUGAUUUAAUAUAGGUGUGGCUAUUACCAUCUGAAGCAGCUGUAUAUAAGACCUUACGCGCUUUCGCUGCUGCAUCCGCAGCCAUGAGUAUGCUCAGGCUACAGAAGAGGCUUGCCUCUAGCGUCCUGUGCUGUGGUAAAAAGAAGGUCUGGUUGGACCCCAACGAGACCAAUGAAAUCGCCAAUGCCAACUCUCAUCAGCAGAUACAGAAGCUGAUGAAAGAUGGGCUGAUCAUCCGGAAGCCUGGGACUGUGCAUUCCCGGGCUCGAUGCCGGAAAAACACUUUGGCUCGACGGAAGGGCAGGCAUAUGGGCAUAGGAAAGCGGAAGGGUACUGCCAAUGCCCGAAUGCCCAAGAAGGUGACCUGGAUGAGAAGAAUGCGGAUCCUGUGCCGCCUCCUCAGGAGAUACCGUGAAUCCAAGAAGACUGACCGCCAUAUGUAUCACAGCCUUUACCUGAAGGUCAAAGGGAAUGUCUUCAAAAACAAGCGGAUUCUCAUGGAGCACAUCCACAAGCUGAAGGCAGACAAGGCCCGCAAGAAGCUCCUGGCUGAUCAGGCUGAGGCUCUCAGGUCUAAGACCAAGGAAGCAAGAAAGCGCCAGGAGGAGCGCCUCCAGGCCAAGAAGGAGGAGAUCAUCAAGACUCUGUCCAAGGAGGAAGAGACCAAGAAAUAGAGUUUCCCUCGAGUCUGUACAUAGUGGGCUGCCUGUGGCCUCAGGUGGAUCAGUCAUUAAAAUAAAACAACCCUUAAAAAAAAAAAAAGACCUUACGCAAAAGGGCAAGGAA